UGUAGCUUAACGGAAAAUUCUCAGUUGAAUCCAAGACGACAUUCAGAACACAACUUAUUUCAAGAAAAUUUCAAAAGCAUUGGGAAAAGAUUUUGUUGAAUAUGCAGCUGAUAGUUCUGAAAACCCUUUUUGUUAUCAUAUUAUUUGUGAAUCCAACAGAACCUGCCAUUGGCCAGAAAUGCUCAAGGAACGACAAUUGUUCACGUCUCUCGGAGGAGUGUGUCGAGGGCUCGUGUAUUUGCAAGGAAAAUGCGGUUUUAAUGUUGGACCAGCGCUCUCUUGCUCCUAAGUGUUUACUGUCUUCAUCAAAACCUUGCGAAACUGAUAACUGUCCAGAAAAUAGUAUAUGUUCUGAAGAUAAAACUUGCAAAUGUGAUGAUGGAUAUCUCAACGUUGAUGGAAAAUGUAAAAGAGGAAAAUUUCAAGAAAUCCUCGAGCCUUGCUUUGUCGAGAACGGGGAGAUUUUCUCGUGUAAUUUUUAUAAAGGCAGCCGGUGCAUGUCAGGAAAAUGCGUUUGCUUUGAUGCGUUCUUCUUAGAUAAAACCAGUGGUGCGUGCAAACCCCAGGCUGAAUUCCUUAAGGCUAAUAAUCUUACAGAAUAUCGUGUCAUGCCUGGUAACUACUGCAGGAAUGACUCAGAUUGCAUUGAAGGACUAUCCUGCGUAGAUUUUGAGUGUGCUUGCCCAGGGUCCUGUAAAUACAAGGAGGAAAAGUCACUCUGCGACUGUGGUGCAGUGAGAAUUAACUAUGAACCUAUAAUUCUCGGCAUUAUCCUUGGCUUAGUGAUCCUUGAGUUUUGGAGGCGAAUGGUCAGAAGGACAAUAAAUAGACACAAGGCAAGUGUUAAACGAGCUGCCCUUGCUAAACGGAACACGACCACCGACCCUAUGGAAUUAAACCCACUUCAAGCAUAGAUAAUAAUCGCUAGAGACUAAUAUAAUCUUUACUAGUGUCUUUGUUGUGUUCAUUAUUAUCAACGUUCCCAGGCUCAUUAGAAGUGUAAAGGGGUCACUGCCACCACCCGACUGGUACGUUCGGGAACGAGUGUAUGACGUAAGAAGGGAUGCAAUGUCAGAAGGAUUGUGAAAAGGAGCGACAGACGUGUGUGUAUGUGUGUGUGUGUGAAGUGUAGUUGUACAAAUGAGCCGAAGUGAGGUAGGCGUGGUUAGAAUCCCGAGGAGAGGCGUGUACAGAUGCUUCAUCUAUACUCUAGGGUUUUUGAUUGUUGGCCUUGUUAAACUUGAUAAUAAAAUGAUAAUGAUGAUAAAA